GCAGUCAUCGCCAUUUUGAAUUACAGCCACACUUCGCUGGCUGGUGACUGAAAGGAGCCAAGAUUACUUCGUUUCUGAAAUAUUUCUGCGCAUUCUAAGCUAUACUUACUGGAUAGAUAUUGUGAGGGAUUUACAUCGCUCUAAGUAUGGCUCACCGAAAUCUAAAACAGGUCAACAUUCAAAACAACGCACCGUCGCCGAAACCUCAGCAGCAGUACCACCAGCAGCAGCACACAAAGCGCAACAUGGACUCUCCAGGCAUGGAGCGAAGGCCGAAUGUUGCGGAUGGGAAAACCCCACCACCAAAGCCGCCGACGGCUGCCAGCCCUGCGGUAGAGGGGGAGGGUGGAGCCGGAGAGUCGCAGGAGAUGACGCUGGAUAUAAAGAGUUUCAGGAGACCCGGGGAGAAAACCUUCACGCAGCGGUGUAGGUUGUUCAUCGGUAACCUCCCGACAGACCUCACGGAGGAUGAUUUCAAAAAGCUGUUUUCCAAGUAUGGCGAGGCUAACGAGGUGUUUAUCAACCGAGACCGAGGAUUCGGCUUCAUUCGACUGGAAACCAGGACGCUGGCGGAGAUUGCCAAGGCAGAGUUGGACGGCAUAGUGCUGGGGAACCGACCUAUCCGGAUCCGCUUCGCCACGCACGGCUCUGCCCUCACGGUGCGGAACCUUUCGCCUGUGGUCUCCAACGAGCUCCUUGAGGAGGCCUUCUCAGAGUUCGGGCCCGUGGAAAGGGCUAUCGUUGUAGUGGACGACCGAGGAAGGCCCACUGGGAAGGGCUUCGUGGAGUUUGCCAACAAACCUUGUGCUCGUAAAGCCCUGGAUCGCUGUGCUGACGGGGCGCUGCUGCUCACCACGUCUCCUCGGCCUGCCAUAGUGGAACCCACUGAGCAGCUGGAUGAAGAGGAUGGACUCCCAGAGAAGUUGCUGGUGAAAUCUGUACACUACCACAAGGAGAGGGAGCACCCCCCGCGGUUUGCCCAGCCAGGGACAUUUGAGUUUGAGUACUCGUCCCGCUGGAAGGCCCUGGACGAGAUGGAAAAGCAGCAGAGAGACCAGGUUGAGCGCAACAUCCGAGAGGCAAAGGAGAAGCUGGAGCAAGAGAUGGAGGCCGCCAAGCACGAGCAUCAGCUCAUGAUGAUGAGACAAGACCUGAUGAGGCGUCAAGAGGAGCUGAGACGCCUGGAGGAGCUUCGCAACCAGGAGCUGCAGAAACGCAAGAAUAUAGAGAUGAGACAUGAGGAGAGGCGUAGGCAGGAGGAGGAGAUGAUGCAGCGCCAUCGAGAGCAGGAAGAGAUGAGACGCCAACCGGACGGCUUCAAGCCAAACUAUGCGGACACCAGAGAACAGGAAAUGAGAAUGGGUGAACUGGGCCCUCGUGGAGCCAUUAAUAUGGGAGAUGGGUUUAACCCCGCCUCUGUUGCCGGGGCCAGUGUAAACCAGGGACCCCCUCAAAUGAUUGGAAUAGGCAUGAGCGGAAGGGCCGGAGCCAUGGGCCCCGAGGGAACUCCAAACAUGGGCGCACCAAACAUGAUGCCAGACAAUGGAGCCAUGCAGCGCAACGAUAGGUUCCCCCAGGGGGCUCCUAAUCAGAUUGGUUCGUCCCCAAUGAGUGGCCGUCCAGGUGUCGAGUCCCCUCAGCAGCAACAGGCAGUGGGGGCAGGGCUUAUGGGGGCAGGGCCUGGACCUGCAGUGGGGGGGCCAGCAGGCUUCGGGAGGGGAAUCCCUGUUGUGGGAAACUAUGAAGGGCCUAACAACAAACGUCGCAGAUACUGAUUGUGUAAUUAUGUUUACAUUUUUUUCAACGGUGUACCCCAAGGCUCAAUAUUUGGAUCUCUUGCUUUUCCUUUCUCAUUAUGUAAAAUAACUGAUUUAUUUCCUCAUCAAAUGUUUGUUUCUGUUCUUAUAUUAAUUUGGGCUGAUUAUUUCCCUCAGCUUCUUCAUGUGUACCAAAUGUUGACUGAGGGGGGAAAAAAUACUUGUUUUAUAUCAAAAGCCAGGCCCAAUAGUCAUGCAAAACCACAAAUCUUCAAUGUUGGCCGCCAAAGGCCAAUAUCAACUGCGAUGUAUCUUGAUGUAGUCAGGUCUGUAGGUAAUGUUUAGGCCAAUAUUAACUGUGAUGUAUCUUGAUGUAGGCAGGUCUGUAGAUGGCUUAUAAACUUCUGUAUGAUGUUGUUUCUUGCUUUUUGCUAUCAGUAUCCUAUCCUCCUGUUAUUGUUGUUUUCAGUAGAUCCUAGUAACAAGUGAAGGCCUGCAUUGCCUCUGCAAUGGUUAGCUUACUUUGAUUUCCUCCCGUCCAUGGAAUGUAUUUCCCGUACAUUGCAUCCUGUAGUAGUAGUUUGGCUAACUGCAAUAAAACUGUGAAAUGCCAUUUUGUGAAAACUAAGUUGGUUGAAGUAAAAAAAAAAAAAAAAAAAAACUUUUGUAGCCUCUCUCUCUCUUGCCUUUUUUUUUUUUUUUUUUUUAGAUAUUUUGGGAUUUUUCUCACCUCCAUCCUUGUUUCAAGUAUUAUGAACGCAAACUAAUCUCUUAAUUUUUCAGAGCAGAGCCAAAAUAAUGUCUGUGUAAAACAUGCACAACCUUAUGUUGUCACCCAGAGUCACAUUUGUUUAUUUCCAAGCUAUAGGACACAAUAUUUUGCCAAGGAACAUCUAUCGUAGUAUCGCGAUACUGGUAUCGGGACAUCACUAUUGGGUGUAAUUGAUCCUCAACCAGGCAAAAUACCUAUAUUGGAUAUUCUGAUCAAUUCACUAGAGUUUAAUUUGAACCAAUAGGCUACUCUACAUUUUGUUAGUAAUUUCUUGUUCUUUUUCCGUAUAUUUAAAGUUUCUUGCAUUUUAAUUAACUCAACAUUAUAGACAAACUUUUGUAAUGUUGUCAUAUGUUAUGUCAAUUUAUCAUGACAUUUGAAUAUCCCGUACUCGUGCACUUACCUCUGUACUCGAGCGAGAGAAUUUGUGUUGCCGUGUGUGUAGUAACAUAGUAAAAUCAUGUGCUUGUCUUGAGUGUUGUGUGGAAGCAUGUGUGAUGAAAGUGUUUGAUCUUCAAUGUGUAACAUUUGCAUUAUAUUCCAGGUAAGUAUAUUCAAGUGGAGCUAUGACUAUACUGCAUGACAGUAUGUGGACACCUUCUCAUUGAACAUCUCAUUCCAAAAUCAUGGGCAUUAAUAUGGAGUUGGUCCCCCCUUUACUGCUAUAAUAGCUUCUGGGAAGGCUUUCCACUAGAUGUUGGAACAUUGCUGUGGGGAUUUGCGUCUAUUCAGCCACGAGCAUUAGUGAGGUCGGCACUGAUAUUGGGCGAUUAGGCCUGGCUCGCAGUCGGCGUUCCAAUUCAUCCCAAAGGUGUUCGAUGGUGUUGAUGUCAGGGCUCUGUGCCGGCCAGUCAAGUUCGUCACACCGAUCUCGACAAACCAUUUAUGUAUGGACCUCGCUUCAUGCACAGGGGCAUUGUCAAGCUGAAACAGGAAUGGUCCUUCCCCAAAUGUAUUUAUUUUUGAUUGAAUAUCCAAAACAUACAAUAUACUUGCAGUGAAGCCGCUCAACAACUACACCACACCAGUCAUCCAACACUCCCAUUCAGAGCGACACACAGAAGCAUCCAGGGUCAACCCCCUGCUAAAGGGCAUGUCAACAGAUCUCCCAGAAGGCCAAAAACGGAUCCAAACCCGCCUAGCCCGAACCAUGAAAAACAGUCAGACCAUUGUUCCUCGUCCACCAAACUUUACAGUUGGCACUAUGCAUUGGGGCGGGUAGUGGUCUCCUGGCAUCCGCCAAACCCAGAUUCGUCCGUCGGACUGCCAGAUGGUGAAGCGUGAUUCAUCACUCCAGAGAAUGCGUUUCCACUGCUCCAGAGUCCAAUGGCGGCGAGCUUUACACUGCUCCAGCCAAUGCUUGGCAUUGCACAUGGUGAUCUUAGGCUUUUGUGUGGCUGCUCGUCCAUGGAAACACAUUUCAUGAAGCUCCUGACGAACAGUUUGGAACUCGGUAGUGAGUGUUGAAACCGAUGACAGGCAAUUUCUACAUGCUUCAGCACUCUGUGGUCUUGUUCUGGGAGCUUGUGUGGCCUACCACUUUGUUGCUCCUAGCCGUUUCCAAUUCACAGUUACAGUUGACCGGGGAAGCUCUACUGGAGCAGCUCUGGCAGGGCAGAAAUUUGACAAACGAACUUGUUGGAAAGGUGGCAUCCUAUGACGGUGCCACGUUGAAAGUCACUGAGCUCUUCAGUUAGGCCAGUCUACUACCAAUGUCUGUCUAUGUAGAUUGCAUGGGUGUGUAUGCUCGAUUUUAUACACCUGUCAGCAAUGGGUGUGGUUGUAAUAGCCAAAUCCGCUAAUUUGAAGUGGUGUCCACAUACUUUUGUGUGUGUAAAUAUGUAUGUGUCUAGAACACAUAUACCCACUACAGACGAGUGAAUUCAACCGGUGAAGGAAUUAGUUUAGUAUCCAUCCAUCAUUAAGUAUUUUGAAUAUAGUAUAUAUGUUUAAUUUGUGUUAGCUGGCCAGUUUUUUAAAUUCAAAAGAAACUCAUAUCUUGCAACAUCUUAAGACAUUAAAUGUAGAUUUUUGGACUAGGUCUAUUCUGUGGUGCUGCAGUGUUUAGAAUGUUGCUGAUAGAAAUGUAUUGUGUAGAGCUGACACUGUUCCCUAUUACACAUUACAGAGCAUGUCUGUUCUAAACAAUGCUUUUCUAUUUAACUCUUGACUUUGACAAUAUAACGUAGCAUACAGAACUAUACUGUGUGUGUAUUUGUAUGAUUGAGCAAGUGGGGAGGAUGUGUAGAGUGAUAAGCACACUUACACAUGUUUGCGAGGGAGUGGGGGAAGAUUUAGUGUCAUGUCCUUCAAGAUGAUUUCUGAUUUUAGUAGUCUUCUGUCAGGCUGACUGCAGGAAUGUCCACCAGAAUUGUUGCCAGAGAAAUUAAUGUUAAUUUCUCUACCAUAAGCCGACUCCAUGUUUAGAGAAUUUGGUAGUACGUCCAACCGGCCUCACAACAGCAGACCAUGUGUGACCACGCCGGAUAGCUGAUAAAAGUGUGAGUUUGCACAACCAAAGAAUUUCUACACAAACUGCCUGCAUGCUCGUCGUCCUCACCAGGGUUUUGACCUGACUGCAGUUCGGCCUCGUAUCAAAGCUUAUUUGUCACGUGCGCUGAAUACAACAGUGAAAUGCUUACUUACAGGCUCUAACCAAAAAAAGGUAUUGGUUGAACAAUUGGUAGGUAAAGAAAUAAAACGGUAAAAAGACAGGCUAUAUACAGUAGACAGGCUAUAUACAGUAGACGAGCUAUAUACAUAGAGUGCCCGAGAUGGCAUAGCAGUUCAGACGUCUUUUGUCCUCGUCUUGUCGUGUCCUGUAAUAUAUAUAUAUAUAUUUACAACUUUUUUUCACAUACAUUUUAUUUUCCAUCAACUCAUCUUCAAAACACUCUCCUGCAACCCGCCUCACCAAUUUAUAUUUAUAAAUAAGUAUUAUUUACCUCAAAUCUGCAAUCCUCCAAGAAGCUAGCCAGAAGCUAACCAGGAGCUAGCCAGGAGCUAGCUAGAAGCUAAUCAGAAGCUAGUUAGCUUCUUUACUGGCAAAUCGUUAGUAUUCAGCUAACCACGGUUUGUGGUCAUCAGCUAUCCUUUAGCUCGAAAAUCUAUCGCCAGUUUUGUACGGCGCGGCUCGGAACGGAACAUACCGGACCAUUUUUUUCUCUCCAUGUCCUUGGAUUUCAACUGCUCUCUGGACAUUCAUUCCCGGAUCUCACAGCUAGCUAGCUGCUAUCCGUGUGUCUAUCUGCUCUCGUCGAUUCCGGAGCAAACAUCAAUUACUCCGGAGCUAGCCAGCUCCGUCAAUCACUCCUGAGCUCCGUCAAUCACUCCUGGGCUGCAGUCACCUAUCCGGACCCGUUUUACUGCCUACGCGGAGCCCCACCGGGCCUUCACAACUGGACUGCCGACGUUAUCUACCCGAAGAAGAUCCGGCUGGCUCCUCCGUCGCGACGUUACCUGAACGCCCAUCUGCGGCCUGCUAACCGUUAGCUGUCUUACCGGCUGCUCUCAGAAUAGACAAUCGGACAAUUUAUUUAUUUUUAUUAUUAUUAUGUUUCUUCUUGGGCCUCUAUAACUAUAUCUAUUGUUUUUAUUUUUGUUGUUGUGUGAUUUGGACUAAUCCCCUCUACCACACGGAACCCCACUAAUCUACUGACGGAACGCAAGAGGUGGCUAACAACAGACCUCCAUCCUAUGCUAGCUUGCUACCGAUGUCCUGGCUAGCUGUCUAAAUCGCCGUGACCCCCAACCACUCCACUCACUGGACUCUUUUGAUCACUCGACUAAGGAUGCCUCUCCUUAGUGUCAAUAUGUCUUGUCCAUUGCUGUUCUGGUUAGUGUUUAUUGGCUUAUUUCACUGUAGAGCCUCUAGUCCUGCUCACUAUACCUUAUCCAAUUUAUUAGUUCCACCACCCACACAUGCAAUGACAUCUCCUGGUUUCAAUGAUGUUUCUAGAGACAAUAUCUCUCUCUUCAUCACUCAAUACCUAGGUUUACCUCCACUGUAUUCACAUCCUACCAUACCUUUGUCUGUACAUUAUACCUUGAUGCUAUUUUAUCACCCCCAGAAACCUCCUUUUACUCUCUGUUCCAGACGUUCUUGACGACCAAUUCUUAUUGCUUUUAGCCGUACCCCUAUUCUUCUCCUAUGUUCCUCUGGCGAUGUAGAGGUGAAUCCAGGCCCUGCAGUGCCUAGCUCCACUCCUAUUCCCCAGGCGCUCUCUUUUGAUGACUUCUGUAACCGUAAUAGCCUUGGUUUCAUGCAUGUUAACAUUAGAAGCCUCCUCCCUAAGUUUGUUCUAUUCACUGCUUUAGCACACUCUGCCAACCCGGAUGUUCUAGCUGUGUCUGAAUCCUGGCUUAGGAAGACCACCAAAAAUUCUGAAAUUUUAAUUCCAAAUUACAACAUUUUCAGACAAGAUAGAACUGCCAAAGGGGGCGGUGUUGCAAUCUACUGCAAAGAAAGCCUGCAGAGUUCUGUCCUACUAUCCAGGUCUGUACCCAAACAAUUUGAACUUCUACUUUUAAAAAUCCACCUCUCUAAAAACAAGUCUCUCACUGUUGCCGCCUGCUAUAGACCACCCUCUGCCCCCAGCUGUGCUCUGGACACCAUAUGUGAACUGAUUGCCCCCCAUCUAUCUUCAGAGCUCGUGCUGCUAGGCGACCUAAACUGGAACAUGCUUAACACCCCAGCCAUCCUACAAUCUAAACUUGAUGCCCUCAAUCUCACUCAAAUUAUCAAUUAACCUACCAGGUACCCCCCCAAAGCCUUAAACACGGGCACCCUCAUAGAUAUCAUCCUAACCAACUUCCCCUCUAAAUACACCUCUGCUGUCUUCAACCAAGAUCUCAGCGAUCACUGCCUCAUUGCCUGCAUCCGUAAUGGGUCAGCGGUCAAACGACCUCCACUCAUCACUGUUAAACGCUCCCUGAAACACUUCAGCGAGCAGGCCUUUCUAAUCGACCUGGCCGGGGUAUCCUGGAAGGAUAUUGAUCUCAUCCCGUCAGUAGAGGAUGCCUGGAUAUUUUUUUAAAUGCCUUCCUAACCAUCUUAAAUAAACAUGCCCCAUUCAAGAAAUUUAGAACCAGGAACAGAUAUAGCCCUUGGUUCUCCCCAGACCUGACUGCCCUUAACCAACACAAAAACAUCCUAUGACGUUCUGCAUUAGCAUCGAACAGCCCCGUGAUAUGCAGCUGUUCAGGGAAGCUAGAAACCGUUAUACACAGGCAGUUAGAAAAGCCAAGGCUAGCUUUUUCAAGCAGAAAUUUGCUUCCUGCAACACUGACUCAAAAAAGUUCUGGGACACUGUAAAGUCCAUGGAGAAUAAGAACACCUCCUCCCAGCUGCCCACUGCACUGAAGAUAGGAAACACUGUCACCACUGAUAAAUCCACCAUAAGUGAGAAUUUCAAUAAGCAUUUUUCUACGGCUGGCCAUGCUUUCCACCUGGCUACUCCUACCCCGGUCAACAGCACUGCACCCCCAACAGCAACUCGCCCAAGCCUUCCCCAUUUCUCCUUCUCCCAAAUCCAUUUAGCUGGUGUUCUGAAAGAGCUGAAAAAUCUGGACCCCUACAAAUCAGCCAGGCUAGACAAUCUGGACCCUUUCUUUCUAAAAUUAUCUGCCGAAAUUGUUGCCACCCCUAUUACUAGCCUGUUCAACCUCUCUUUCGUGUCGUCUGAGAUUCCCAAAGAUUGGAAAGCAGCUGCGGUCAUCCCCCUCUUCAAAGGGGGGGACACUCUUGACCCAAACUGCUACAGACAUAUCUAUCCUACCAUGCCUUUCUAAGGUCUUCGAAAGCCAAGUCAACAAACAGAUUACCGACCAUUUCGAAUCUCACCAUACCUUCUCUGCUAUGCAAUCUGGUUUCAGAGCUGGCCAUGGGUGCACCUCAGCCACGCUCAAGGUCCUAAACGAUAUCUUAACCGCCAUCGAUAAGAAACAUUACUGUGUAGCCGUAUUCAUUGAUCUGGCCAAGGCUUUCGACUCUGUCAACCACCACAUCCUCAUCGGCAGACUCGACAGCCUCGCCUGGUUCACCAACUACUUCUCUGAUAGAGUUCAGUGUGUCAAAUCGGAGGGUCUGCUGUCCGGACCUCUGGCAGUCUCUAUGGGGGUGCCACAGGGUUCAAUUCUUGGACCGACUCUCUUCUCUGUAUACAUCAAUGAGGUCGCUCUUGCUGCUGGUGAGUCCCUGAUCCACCUCUCCGCAGACGACACCAUUCUGUAUACUUCCGGCCCUUCUUUGGGCACUGUGUUAACAACCCUCCAGGCAAGCUUCAAUGCCAUACAACUCUCCUUCCGUGGCCUCCAAUUGCUCUUAAAUACAAGUAAAACUAAAUGCAUGCUCUUCAACUGAUCGCUACCUGCACCUACCCGCCUGUCCAACAUCACUACUCUGGACGGCUCUGACUUAGAAUACGUGGACAACUACAACUACUUAGAUGUCUGGUUAGACUGUAAACUCUCCUUCCAGACCCAUAUCAAACAUCUCCAAUCCAAAGUUAAAUCUAGAAUUGGCUUCCUAUUUCGCAACAAAGCAUCCUUCACUCAUGCUGCCAAACAUACCCUUGUAAAACUGACCAUCCUACCAAUCCUCGACUUUGGCGGUGUCAUUUACAAAAUAGCCUCCAAUACCCUACUCAACAAAUUGGAUGCAGUCUAUCACAGUGCAAUCCGUUUUGUCACCAAAGCCCCAUAUACUACCCACCAUUGCGACCUGUAAGCUCUCGUUGGCUGGCCCUCGCUUCAUACUCGUCGCCAAACCCACUGGCUCCAUGUCAUCUACAAGACCCUGCUAGGUAAAGUCCCCCCUUAUCUCAGCUCGCUGGUCACCAUAGCAUCUCCCACCUGUAGCACACGCUCCAGCACGCUCUCUAGUCACCCCCAAAACCAAUUCUUUCUUUGGCCGCCUCUCCUUCCAGUUCUCUGCUGCCAAUGACUGGAACGAACUACAAAAAUCUCUGAAACUGGAAACACUUAUCUCCCUCACUAGCUUUAAGCACCAACUGUCAGAGCAGCUCACAGAUUACUGCACCUGUACAUAGCCCACCUAUAAUUUAGCCCAAACAACUACCUCUUUCCCAACUGUAUUUAAUUUAUUUAUUUAUUUUGCUCCUUUGCACCCCAUUAUUUUAUUUCUACUUUGCACAUUCUUCCAUUGCAAAACUACCAUUCCAGUGUUUUACUUGCUAUAUUGUAUUUACUUUGCCACCAUGGCCUUUUUUGCCUUUACCUCUCUUCUCACCUAAUUUGCUCACAUUGUAUAUAGACUUGUUUAUACUGUAUUAUUGACUGUAUGUUUGUUUUACUCCAUGUGUAACUCUGUGUUGUUGUAUCUGUCGAACUGCUUUGCUUUAUCUUGGCCAGGUCGCAAUUGUAAAUGAGAACUUGUUCUCAACUUGCCUACCUGGUUAAAUAAAGGUGAAAUAAAAAAAAUAAAAAAAAAUACAGUAGACAGGCUACAUACAGACGCUGGGUAGUCAGGCUGAUUGAGGUAAUAGGUACAUGUAGAUAUGGUUAAAGUGACUAUGCAUAUAUGAUGAACAGAGAGUAGCAGUAGCGUAAAAGGGUGGGUGGGGCACAAUGCAGAUAGCCCGGUUAGCCAAUGUGCGGGAGCACGAGUUGGUCGGCCCAAUUGAGGUAGUAUGUACAUGAAUGUAUAGUUAAAGUGACUAUGCAUAUAUAAUAAACAGAGAGUAGCAGCAGCGAAAAGGGUGUUGGGGGGGGGCACACAAUGCACAUAGCCCGUGUAACCAUUUGGUUACCUGUUCAGGAGUCUUACAUUUACAUUUAAGUCAUUUAGCAGACGCUCUUAUCCAGAGCUACUUACAAAUUGGUGCAUUCACCUUAUGACAUCCAGUGGAACAGCCACUUUACAAUAGUGCAUCUAAAUCUUUUAAGGGGGGGGGGUGAGAAGGAUUACUUUAUCCUAUCCUAGGUAUUCCUUAAAGAAGUGGGGUUUCAGGUGUCUCCGGAAGGUGGUGAUUGACUCCGCUGUCCUGGCGUCGUGAGGGAGUUUGUUCCACCAUUGGGUCUUAUUGCUUGGGGGUAAAAACUGUUGAGAAUCCUUUUUGUCCUAGACUUGGCACUCCGGUACCGCUUGCCAUGCGGUAGUAGAGAGAACAGUCUAUGACUGGGGUGGUUGGGGUCUUUGACCAUUUUUAGGGCCUUCCUCUGACACCGCCUGGUGUAUAGGUCCUGGAUGGCAGGCAGCUUAGUCCCAGUUAUGUACUGGGCCGUACACAUUGGGGAUGAAUCAGAAUUAGUUGGGUAACAUAGAUAAGAUGUUUUAUUUUCAUAUGCUUGUGAGAUACUUGUCAUUUAGAAGUUAUCUUUUUGUACUAUAGUGUUGGCCAUUUGCAGUUAUCCUUUCUCUGUCCUGGGUUCAGUUACUGGGGCCACACAGAGGGGAGAGGUCAGGCUUGUCAUGUGUAAACGUAUCUUUUAAACCAUGUGAAGGGAUGAUUGAGGGGGAACCAAUUAUUUCUUGGCUCCACAAUGUCUGUGUUCCAGUCACUCCCUACUUUGCCCAUCGGGGAGAGGAGGAUGGCAGUGUCUGGAACCAUUCUAUGUUCCCUCUGAGGUUUGCCCUUAUUUAUCUUGACCUAGAGGCUCACUCUCCUCUCCGUGAGAUUGUCCAGGAUGGGUUGUAUUUGGGAUGGGAGUAUCUAAAAUGACAAUUGAUAUAUACCAUUGGAUGAGGUUAUGUCUUGGUACUGUUUUGUACCAAGAAUGAGACAAGCUUCGUUUAGGAGACCAAACUGAAUGACAAUUUAUAGCUAAAUACUGUCUGGCGAUGGGAUACUCCUCUCUCAAGUAAAAUCUUUCCUUGUGAAAGUUCCUAUUAUCUGUGUUUUGUCAUGUCGACUAGGGGUGUGGAUCUUUGCUAUAAAAGAUCUGUUGCCAUUAUGCUGACCACUCAACUUUUCAUUAGAGAUACUGAAAUGUUUAAAGUCAAAAUGCUAUUGCAAAAGAUUAAUUAUUAUUAAAGGUGAAGAUUAAGCAUAA